AUGAAGUCUGUGCUAGAUGGUGUGGCUGACACCACCUUCCGGACUAUAACAUCUGGACUGCAGUACCUGGGCUCCAAUGAUGCCAGCUAUGAUGACACCACCAUCAACGCUGACUUCACUAAGGGUGGAUUGUCCGUCCAGAAGCCUCUCUCUGCUUUCCUCAGUAACUCUUUCCCAGACAAAGUGCCUGGAGAUGAGGAACUCAUCCUCAAAGGUAUUCCAUUCUUCUCUACCAAUGCCACAGACCUGUUUGGCAACCGGAGUGGUUUUGGAGAGGAGGGAACCGGAAUCCAGUGUGGGGAGAACUUCAUGGACAUGGAAUGCUUCAUGAUCCUUACCCCUAGCCAGCAGCUGGCUGUGGCGGUGAUGUCACUCACCCUGGGCACCUUCACGGUGUUGGAGAACCUUAUCGUGCUGUGUGUGAUACUCCAAUCCCGCACCCUGCGCUGCCGCCCCUCCUACCACUUCAUAGGCAGCCUGGCUGUAGCCGACCUGCUGGGCAGCGUCAUCUUCGUCUACAGCUUUCUGGACUUCCAUGUGUUCCACAGAAAGGACAGCCCCAAUGUGUUCCUCUUCAAGCUGGGUGGAGUCACCGCCUCAUUCACAGCCUCUGUGGGAAGCUUGUUUCUCACUGCUAUAGAUCGCUACAUCUCCAUCCACAGGCCCCUGGCCUACAGGCGCAUCGUCACGCGGACCAAGGCUGUCAUCGCCUUCUGCGUGAUGUGGACUAUCUCCAUUGUCUUCGCAGUGCUCCCUCUGCUGGGCUGGAACUGCAAGCAGCUCAACUCGGUCUGCUCAGACAUCUUUCCGCUUAUCGACGAGAAGUACCUGAUGUUCUGGAUCGGGGUGACUAGUGUGCUCGUCUUCUUCAUCAUCUACGCCUACAUGUACAUCCUGUGGAAGGCCCAUCACCACGCCGUGCGCAUGCUGAGCCGCACCUCCCAGAAGAGCCUGGUGGUGUACUCGGCGGAUGGGACUAAGUCGCAGACCAUGCGCCCUGAGCAGACGCGCAUGGACAUCCGCCUGGCCAAGACACUGGUCCUCAUCCUGGUGGUGCUGGUCAUCUGCUGGGGCCCUGUGCUGGCCAUCAUGGUCUACGACCUGUUUUGGAAGAUGGAUGACGAUAUUAAGACAGUGUUUGCUUUCGCCAGCAUGCUCUGUCUGCUCAACUCAACCGUCAAUCCAAUAAUUUACGCCCUGAGGAGCAAGGACAUGCGACACGCCUUCCUAAACUCAUGCCAGGCGUGCCGGGGCAGUGCCCAGCAGCUGGACAAUAGCCUGGAGUCUGACUGCCAGAACAGGCACAUUGCUGCCAACAGGGCUGCAGAGAGCUGUGUGAAGACCACUGUGAAAAUAGCCAAAGUGACCAUGUCUGUCUCCACUGAGACAUCUGCAGAAGCUGUCUAGCUGGUCAUCAUCAUGUCACAGCGAUAUUGCGUCACGAGAUGGGGAUGGACCUUCCACAGGAUGUAAUGAAUUACACACAUAGCUAAAUGCUUCAGCGGUUCAUUACUUAAUUGUUUUACGUUCAUGAGGUGUGCCAGUAUAGUGUUCCAGUGCCUAAGUGCCAAAUAGAUUUUUAAAGGUGAUGAAGACAGUGGAUGGGGACUGUUGGCCAUAGACUUCAUGAUGAUCAAACAGUAGAAGGCUUAGCAUAUUUUUGUACUGUGAAUUCAGGUUCUGAACCAAUGAUAAAUUAAUUCAUGGGAUAAUGGGCUAAUUAAGUUUUUGA